AUGGAAACACCACAGCUGGUGAAAGUUAAGCUGCUACCCGCACUAAAGCCCGAGGAGCGCAAGCGGCAUAUUGUGGCCAAUAUAGUGCUGGAAGGUCAAACAUCAACUGUGCCGUACAUCGAUGAUGCCAAUAGUGUAAUAAAUGUGACACAACUGCAGGCGCUCGACGCUACACCACCCGGGAAGGAUGCGCGAAAGCGCAUACGAUUUUAUUCGGUGGGGCCGCGUACCUAUCACACCAAAUGUCCGCUGUGUCUGCAAUAUGGUGAUGCGGCUGUGAUGCGUGCGGCAGGUCUGAAGGAUGCAACCUGUUGUCUAUCGACGUUGUCAUGCUUCUUCCCAAUUUUCUGGCUUUGCUGUAUUUGCACUUGGUGUGGCUGCAAUCGUGAAUGGACGACGAAAGGCAUCUACUGCAGCAAAUGUGGUGGCAAAUUGGGCAUCCAACAGCGGCCUAAAUAGGUGUGGUGAAACACUAAAAUUUAAUAAAAUAUAACACCGUGCGGCAGUAAAUUUUACACACGAAAAAAUUAAUAUAUUCACAAAACUUGGGGCCAAAUAUAGUAAAACUGCGUUUCUAAUUUUU